UCGUACGCGGCCAAGCCGCUCCCGCUUCCCGUUUCACUUUUCGUUCAGGCGAAGGGGGUUUCCAUGCCGGCUUCCAGCGCUGAACGCCUCCAGAGCAAAACUGCCCCAUAUUUUCCGUGUCUCGAAGUUUGAACAGCCCAAUCUGUGUCCGGGAGAGGCCAGGGGGACAGAUCAUGUGUUCGUGCUUGCUAGAGAACUAUGUGGCUGCCAUGGUGCUGAGUGCCGCUGGAGAUGCCCUGGGCUUUUACAAUAGAAAAUGGGAGUUCCAACGGAGUGGUGAGAAGAUUCACAAUGAGCUGGCCCAAAUGGGUGGCGUGGACAAACUCAACGUGGCAGGCUGGAGGGUCAGCGAUGAUACAGUCAUGCACUUGGCAACUGCUGAAGCCUUGGUAGAAGCUGGGAAGACCCCGGACUUAACCCACUUGUAUAAACUCAUUGCCACAAACUACAGGGACUGCAUGGACGACAUGGUAGGACGAGCUCCAGGUGGUACCUGCAUGCAAAAUGCACUGGAUUUGGAUCCAGAAAAUCCAGAGAGCUGGAAACCCAACUUCAAUGAAGCAGCAGGAGGGUGUGGAGCAGCUAUGAGAUCCAUGUGCAUUGGACUGAGAUUCUGUCAUCCAGAACAGCUGGAAACCCUGAUUGCAGUCAGCAUAGAGAGCGGACGCAUGACUCACCACCAUCCCACGGGCUACCUUGGAUCCUUGGCUUCUGCCCUCUUCACUGCUUACGCCGUUAAUCACAAGCCACCGCACGAGUGGGGGAAAGGAUUGAUGGAGGUGCUGCCAAAGGCACAAGUCCAUAUCCAGAAGUCUGCUUGCUUUGUGGAAAAGAAUUUGGAGCACUGGAACUACUUUGAAAACCAGUGGAAGAGGUACCUGAAAACCAGAGGCAUUUCAGAUGGCAAAUCCCUUCCUUCCUUCCCGGCAGUAUAUGGUGUGAAAGAGAGAGAUCAAUUCUAUAAGGAUUUGAGUUUUUCUGGCUGGGGAGGCAGCAGCGGGCAUGAUGCUCCCAUGAUUGCUUACGAUGCCUUCCUUGGUUCUGAGAACUGGACUGAGCUAGCUCAGAGGGGUUUCUUCCAUGGUGGGGACAGUGACUCAACCGCAGUCAUUGCUGCAUGCUGGUGGGGGGCAAUGCAUGGCUUCAAAGGGGUCAGUGCAAGUAACUAUAACGAAAUUGAAUACAGAGACCGAUUAGAGAAAGUAGCAAAGGAGCUCUAUCACCUUAGCUUGGCUUCAGAAUAGUUCAGUGGCACUUGGAGAUGGUGAGACCGAAGGGACUUGCAGAGAUCAAGAAUUUGCUAAUAGGCUCUGCUGCUGCUUAAGCUUAUCAAAAACACAAUGCCAUAAGGCAGAGAUUUAAAUAUAGCAGAAUAAAAUGCUAGCUGAGUUAACACUGAGCAAAAUCCAAUGUUGUGCAAGUGGAAUUACACAUGUGAUUAAUUUUUGUGAACCGCCCAGAGAGCUUCGGCUAUUGGGUGGUAUAAAAAUAUAAUAAAUAAAUAAUGUGAAACAGGACUCCCAUUGCUGGGUUUGCUCUGCAGGGUCCCCUAAAUCUCCUGAGCACAUUUUCAGUGCACUAGUUGGGACAGCUUGUGAGGCAGGGGAGGAAUCCCCCUACUUCCCCAUUCUACUGAUGGAAGCCAUGCCAACAAGCAGGAGAUAAUUAGUUAUCCUCCCCCCAGGUAUGGCCAGGGGAGAGGAUAGGGCAAGCUGUCCAGUCUUAUCUUCACGUGCUAAUAAAAUGUAGAAAAACUAGGAAUUGAUGCUGGAAUGUGGGCUGUAGGAUACAAAAGGAACUAGUUGUGGGCUGUAUUUCUAAAAUUUGCCAUGAACACAGAUGUCUGGUAUAAUUUUCAUGCUCCUUUGAUGUAUUUAGAAAUGAAACGCUUAAAGAGUUUUGCAUCUAGACAUGCUUUACUGUCAAAACCUACCCUUUAUGGGCUACAAAUGACUUUUUUUAGAUUGUAGAAAAGAUUUGGGUAGCAGGUAGUAUAAUCUGAGGUCUCUGUUACUGAAUUUGCUUUCAGAUAAUCUUGCCUUGCCCUGCUUCUCUUUCACUUUUGAGUUUGCCUUCCUCUUUCCCCUCUGAUUGGCCAACUACUAGCUGCACUGAUGGCCUGCCUCGACUGAAGCAUCUGAGUGUUUUUAGUCGUAGCAUCUACGACUGUAAAAGCAACUUCUGAGCAUCUUAUUAAAGAUGAGGCUCCACAGCCACUGUAGAAUUAACUUCAGCUUAAAAUGUCUGUAAAAUCUUUGCUCAGAAUAACAGUGCAAUGCUAUAUAUGUCUACUCAGGAGUAAAUCUGAGUUCAACAAGGCCUGCUCUUAAAUGAACAAAAACAUAACCAAGAGACAGGGAUGCAGACCUUUACCUUGGUGAGAAUGGCUUUUUAGGGCACAUACGGGGUGUGUGUGUGCCUCCUAAUGUUUUUUGUGCCUAGGAGAAUAAAAGCCAAAUGAGACCGAAUUUGUAGGAGCUGUUCCUGAGGUGAGCUUUCUGAGAACGUUUAGCCUUCCCUCCCCCCCAUGAAGGUUAAUUUCUAAGCGUGACCCUUAAAUACAGGGUCUGAAACAGGAUUUGAAAAUCUAAAGCAAGAAUGCUAGUGACCCCCCUUGGCCCAGAUAUUGCCAUCUUACUUGCAUUUUAAGCAGAUGGAAGUUAUUUUUCUUUGCUAGUUUUGCUUCAUUAUAACCAUUUCUUUUGCUUCACUGGUUGCUAAUCAGCUGAGAGAUCUUUCAUUUGUUUGUCCUGUUUGGGUUCAUAUUCACAUGUAGGAAUGGUAUUUGGUAUUAAGUUCACUUUCUCCUUUAAUCAAUACCUUUGAAAUACCUUUGAAAUGUGAAUAAAGUUUUUAAUCAUUCAAA